AUGCCAUCACAAACUGAUAUGUUUGUUGCUUCAGAGUGGCUCUCAUGUGGUCAUGUUUUUGACCAGAGCAAACUGCCACCUUCUGUUCAAUGUGAGAUCACACAGUUACUCAGGAUCCCAACUUCAAUGCAACCAACCAUCCCAUCUCAGACUCUGCCUGUCGCACAGCUACUUGACAUCAAUCUUUGCACAUCACUGGACUGUGAUCUUAGCCCAGACACCAUCAUUUUCUCAACAAACCCCCCUCUCCUCAGCUUUCCCAAUGAUUUCACAGCAUGGUCAAUUCCCCCACUCCAUUGCAUCACUCAGCUCCUUGAUCAGUUCAGUCAGGCUUGGUUUAACGGUCACACUUCAGUCAUCCAUCCACUUUCCCCAAUGUUUCACCUUCCAUUCUGGGUUCUUUCAUACUGGAGGGACAUCUCAUGUGCCCUGGAGGCUCAUCUCACCUGGAUAUCAGCCCAUGAUUGGGUUCUUCAGAGGCUUGAGGAUGAAGAGGACACAGGCCAUGGUGCUUCCGAGUUAGUAGUUGUAGAUGAGGUUCUAGAUUCACUUGAGCAUUUGCCAUGGGAUGUUGACUUGAAGGGGUUUGAUGCUUAG